AUGGCCGCCAACGACUAUUAUGGCAACCCUCGACCUCAACCUGCCCACAGUCAACCCCCGUCCUACCAUGACGACGACUACAACCGCCAGAGCCCGGCAGAUAACUCACAUCAAUUACAUGCCUUUCAGUCUACACCAUCGCAAACUCCCUACAAUCUCCAACACAACAACUACGGUCAUCAGCCUCAAUACAGUCAGAAUUCCUUCGCCGAUGAUACGCCGUUUGUGGGCGGGAGAAACCAUCCUACUGACCAGUAUGGGGAAGACAUUCCGUUGAAACCAAAUGCUCAACCACCGCAGGCCGCAGACUCGCACUGGAUGAAUGAGAACACAAAUUACGAUGCAGGAAUGCCGAUGGAUCCAGUGAUGGGCUCAAGGAAAAAGCGACGGCGCACUCAGAAGGGAGGAUUUUUUGGCAAGCAAACUCCAUGGGUUACAUGGCUAUUGACCGCAGUUGACAUCGGCGUUUUUGUUGGAGAGUUGAUCUACAGUGCCCAACUCACCGGGAGUCCCAUUGAACUACAUCCUAGCUUUAAUCCCAUGGUCGGACCUUCUCCCUACGUUCAAAUCAAUAUGGGUUCCCGUUUUGUCGCAUGCAUGAAGAAUAUUCCCGGAGUUCAAGAUGCCAACACAACGAUCAGUUGGCCUUGUCCCAACACAACUUCUUCCGACCCCAACGCCUCUACGAACCAGUGUACGCUGUCGGAACUAUGUGGCUUCAGUGGUGUGCCCAACCCUAAACCAAACGGUUCUCUAGACGACCAGCCGGAACCCAACCAAUGGUUCCGUUUCAUUGUGCCGAUGUUUUUGCAUGCUGGACUUGUUCACAUCGGAUUUAAUAUGCUCAUGCAGAUGACUGUCGGGGCGGAUAUGGAGAGAAGGAUUGGAUGGUGGCGUUAUGCAUUGGUUUAUUUUUCAAGCGGCAUUUUUGGAUUUGUUAUGGGCGGUAAUUAUGCAGCGCAAGGUAUUUCGUCAACCGGCGCUUCGGGCGCAUUAUUCGGAUUGGUCGCAUUAAGUCUAUUGGAUCUGUUGUACACCUGGGGGGAACGAAGGAGUCCAUGGGUCGAAUUGAUUUUCCUCAUCAUCGAAAUCGGUGUUUCAUUCGUGUUGGGACUUCUCCCCGGUCUCGACAAUUUCUCCCACAUCGGUGGAUUCAUCAUGGGAUUGGCCAUGGGUCUCUGCAUGAUGCGAUCUCCGAAUUAUAUUCGCGAGCGUAUCGGUCUUCAACGCAGACCGUACGUGGUCAUGAGCGGUGGCGCCGGUCCUCGACCCACCGACGACGACAAUAAUAGCAACGUUGUCAACAACAACAACAACAACAACACUGACAAUAGCAAACAGAACAGUCCGAUGACCCCUGGACGCUUCAUUGGCGUCUUUCAAGGAAGGAAACCGCUUUGGUGGGCGUGGUGGCUAGUUCGAGCUGGAGCUCUGGUGGCCGUCAUCAUUGGAUUUAUCUUGUUGGUGACGAAUUUCUAUAAGUAUCCCAAGUCGAAUUGUUCUUGGUGCUACCGAUUGAGUUGUCUGCCCAUCAAGAACUGGUGCAGCAUCGGUAACCUGGACCUAACAUCCACGUCAUCUUCGUCAUGA